GGCACCAGGCACAUGUAAACAACGUUGAAUGUUAGGUUAUAUUUAUGUUAGGUUAGGGUUUACGAUCAUCCGGAUCAUCAGGAGAAGCAAAACAAGAAAGAGAGAAAAUCGCAGGAUGAGCAUGAAUAAAUUUUCAUUCAAGUACAGGAACGUGAUUCUGGGUGUGACCGCGACCGCCGUUGGAUACUGUGCGGUCCUCAUGCCGCACACCAUCCUCCUGGAGAAGUACAGAUACAUAGUGGCCAGAUACCAACUAGGCAAGGAGGUGCCGUUGGGCCCCGAAGUCCAGCAGAGAAUCCAGCGGGUGAUGGACGACUUGAAGCUGCCGGACGACGUUAGGAGCGCUAUAAAGCCCUUCAGCGUGUUCGGCUUCGAUCUGCUCCACGCCGGCACGCUCGGCGCCAAGUACGGCGCGAUACUGGGGAUUCCCGCCAACUUCACCAGCACGACGGAGGAGCUCCGCGAGAAUCUGCAGAUCAGGGAGGAGCCGAUAGACUGGACGCGGCAGGACGCGCGGGCCUUCCUGCAAGCGGUGACGUUCUCCGAGAACGCGGAGAGAUUCGCGAUAGCGCGUGAAAUUCUGCGCAUCCAGGCGCAGGAGCCGUACUUCAAUUCGCUCGCGCUGGUGCUGACCGUCGCGACCCUGUGGACCCUCUCCAGCGUUAUGUCGCGCCGAUUCGUCAGGCUGCGCGAGAGCAACGCGCUAGCGCGGCGUAUGUUUUACGCGGUCUUCGCUCUAUUCGGUGCGAUACUGUGGUUCGGCGUGAAGGACUUUCGGAGCAAUCGUCUCGACAGGGAGAACGACGAGGCCCUGUGCCGCUUAGGGGCCGAUUACAUCAAGGGCGGACAAGAGUUCUAUGAGAAAACGUUAAUCAGAAACCAAACUCUGAGGACUCUCUUCGAGACGGAAGGGAAAAGUAUAUAUACCGUUUACGGGAACGAAGAGAGCUUCCUGAGACAGAAGCACGUGCCGCUCUCCCACAGGAAGGAUUUCUUCGACUCGCAUCUACGAAAUUUGGAAGGUAUGAAAUAAGUUGAUUUCUUUACAUCUAGAAUUUUAUAAGCAUUUUUUUCACCAUCCAAAAUCCUUGAAUGAAAAAAUCCUUGAAUCAAAUUUUUAACGAUGCCAGAGUCUCUCGCAGUUUUCUACUUGAAACAUAUUUUUUUAUUUAUGUAAUUAACAAAUAAAUGCAUGGGUCUACCAUUUUGUACGCGUAAAAAAUAGGAUGGAACGUUUAUGUGAUGAAGUAUCUCGUGAUCGGACAUUUAAUGUAUAGAAAAGAAAAAGCUGUAUAUAUAUUUCUGAUGUUAUCAGUUAAGCUGAUUGUUGAUAAAAUGCGAUAUCUGUAAUAAACUACUUGAAAAACAGCA